AUGGGUAAGGGACAGCCCCGUGGUCUGAACGCCGCGCGCAAGCUCGCGAACACUCGCCGUGAGAACCGGUGGGCCGAUCUGCACUACAAGAAGCGCCUUCUCGGAACCGCCUACAAGUCCUCUCCCUUCGGUGGUGCUUCUCACGCCAAGGGCAUCGUCCUCGAAAAGGUCGGUGUUGAGGCCAAGCAGCCCAACUCCGCCAUUCGCAAGUGCGUUAAGGUCCAGCUGAUCAAGAACGGCAAGAAGGUCGCCGCUUUCGUCCCCAACGACGGUUGCCUCAACUUCAUCGACGAGAACGACGAAGUCCUCCUCGCCGGUUUCGGUCGUAAGGGCAAGGCCAAGGGUGAUAUUCCCGGUGUCCGUUUCAAGGUCGUCAAGGUCUCUGGUGUCUCUCUCCUUGCUCUGUGGAAGGAGAAGAAGGAGAAGCCCCGCUCGUAA